UGCUCGUUUGCAGCUAUAACCCCGAGUUCCUUUUUUCUUCGUCAUUUCUUACAAUCCGAGGGGGCCUCCUGGCAAUUCACAAUUUCUACGAAUACACUGACUUUGCAUCACAACUCCACAGUCGACGGAGAUCUCUCUCUUUCUCUGUAGAGCACGUAAACCCUAGCAAUCAACAAUGGCUCGACUCUCACUGAUCGUACUCAUCACAAUAAUCCCCUUCAUAUUAACCCUCUGCAGCUCUUUCUCUCCCGAAAACCCCACCGACCGUCGGAUUCUAGUCUUGCUCGACGACCUCGCCCUCCAAUCCUCCCACUCCCUCUACUUCAGCUCCCUCCAGUCUCGCGGCUACGCCCUCGACUUCAAACUCGCCGACGAUUCCAAGAUCGGAUUGCAGCGUUACGGCCAGUACUUGUACGACGGCUUGAUCCUCUUCUGCCCCUCCAUUGACCGUUUCGGAGGGUCCAUUGAUUCGGCAGCCAUUGUGGAUUUCGUUGAUUCGGGUCAUGACUUGAUUAUUGCAGUUGAUAAUUCUGCCUCUGAACGAAUUCGAGAGAUUGCUACAGAGUGCGGUGUUGAUUUUGAUGAUGAUCAGGCGGCUAUGGUUAUUGAUCACACCAGCUAUGCAGUUUCAGACACGGAAGGUGAUCAUACGUUGAUUGCGAGCGAUGAUUUCGUUCAGUCUAAGGUGCUUUUGGGAAGCACGAAAAUUGAGGCUCCUGUACUCUUUCAGGGAAUGGGUCAUUCAUUGAAUCCUGCCAAUAGCUUGGUGUUGAAAGCUCUUUCAGCGUCCUCGUCAGCAUAUUCUGCUAAUCCCAAAACCAAGUUAUCAAAUCCUCCCUCCCUCACUGGAUCUGCAAUUUCUUUGGUCUCAGUUGUGCAGGCAAGAAACAAUGCCCGAGUGCUGAUCGCUGGCUCAUUAAGCAUGUUUAGCAAUCGAUUCUUCAGAUCUGGGGUGCAGAAGGCAGGGAGCUCAAUCAAACAUGCAAAAUCUGGUAAUGAGCAGUUUUUGACGGAACUUAGCAAGUGGGUUUUUCAUGAAAGAGGUCAUCUCAAGGCUGUGAAUGUUAGACACCACAAAGUUGGGGAAACUGAUGAACCUGCCAUGUACCGAAUCAAUGACGACCUGGAAUACGCUGUUGAAAUUUAUGAGUGGUCUGGCAAGAGCUGGGAACCAUAUGUGGCCAAUGAUGUUCAAGUGCAGUUUUACAUGAUGAGCCCCUAUGUUUUGAAAACAUUAUCAACUGAUCAGAAGGGCCUCUAUUUUACUGCUUUCAAGGUUCCAGAUGUUUAUGGUGUAUUCCAGUUCAAGGUAGAGUACCAGCAGCUUGGAUACACAAGCUUGUCCCUAUCAAAGCAGAUUCCUGUUAGACCCUUCAGACACAAUGAAUAUGAAAGAUUCCUAACAGCAGCUUUCCCGUAUUACGGAGCUUCUUUCUCCAUGAUGGCAGGUUUCUUUAUCUUCACAUUUGCGUACUUGUACAACAAGUAGGUUCAAAGCAUUUGCGGCAACAAGAUUUUGUAAUGGGAUCAACAGCACCUUCUAAAGUUUGACUUAGCAGCAUGAGGACAUUUCUCUCUUUUUUUCCCUUUUUCUUUUUUUAUAUCCUCGAGGCACUAUUUACAUGUAUCAGCUUAAGCAACCAUUUUUGCCACUGCUGUAUUUGCAGCAGAAGAGUGGACCAUUGGCUAUCAGGAAUUUUUGGUCUUCUCUGAAAGGAAUGGAUUGGUUUCUCAAUGUUUUAAGCUCAAGAGUCACUUGAAUGGUUCUCUGUUUA